CGGGGAGUCCGCCCGGGGGGCGGGGCAGCUGGCCUCCGACGUCCAGAGCAAGGGGAGGACGAGCAGUCGAGCGCCGAGCGGCCCCGCGAGCACCAUGGCACCUCCACUUCCGCGGCGCCUGCUUCUGGUGUCCAACUCGCGGCUUCAUGGGGAGGGCUACCUGGAGCACUGCGAGGAGCAAGUGCGCAGCUUCUUCGGGGGAAAAGUGAAACGAGUUCUUUUUAUUCCAUAUGCACUUCAUGAUCGAGAUACCUAUGCCAAAACUGCAAGAGAAAAAUUUGAAAGCUUAGGAUAUGGGUUAGACAGCAUUCAUGAAUCUUCUGACCCUGUGGAAGCUGUAAGAAAAUCUGAAGCCAUAUUCGUAGGUGGUGGUAAUACUUUCAGACUUCUAAAGACAUUAUAUGAUUUAAAUCUGAUUUCUGAGAUCAGGAAAAGAGUCCUACAUGCAGGCAUUCCAUACAUGGGGUCUAGUGCUGGAACAAACGUGGCCACCAUCAGCAUCAAUACAACCAAUGAUAUGCCAAUUGUAUUCCCACCUUCGUUCAAGGCUUUGGGAUUUGUGCCUUUUAAUAUCAAUCCCCACUACCUGGAUCCAGAUGUUAAUAGCACACAUAUGGGUGAGACACGUGAAGAACGGAUUCUUCAGUAUCAUGAGGAGCCAGACACCCCUCCAGUACUGGGUUUACGUGAAGGAUCCAUUCUACUGGUGGAAGGAAAUAAAGCAACACUCCUAGGAAGAAAAAAAGCUCGGCUUUUUCUGAGAGGUCAAACACCGACAGAACAUGAGCCUGGAGCGGACUUUAGUUUUCUCCUUACUGAUUCUUAGACACUACCAACCUUGCCAGAAAGGACAGACAAUGGUGUCAGUGGUGAAACAAUCAGAAGACGACUGCCAGUAUAACCAAAGGAAGCUGAAUACAAAUCCCAUGAACCUGAUUUAACCGCAAGAUUCCUUUUCCCCCCAAUGCUCCCAUGUGCUAUAGGGCAAUAUGAGUUUUGCAGCUAAGAUGACUUUGCUUUAGAGAAUGCAGCUUAAAAAUAAAUUCUGUAAUAAACUGUUUA